AUGUCUUUUCUGGCACAGUCGAAAGAAACAAGUUUCUCGGGAAAACCUCGCUGCUCGCAUCCACGUUACACCAGCCACAAUUUCAUUGCACACAUCGGCAUUGCGGAGACCAUCGAGGCGGUGCUCAUACUCAUAUUGACGCUGGGCGUGAUUGGUGCCAAUGCGCUGGUCAUAUUUGUAAUAAACAAUCGUCGCUAUUCGCCCUAUAUACAUCAGCAGCCGCGUUAUCUGCUCACCUCUCUGGCUUUAAAUGACCUCACCAUUGGACUGCUUAUCACACCGUUUGGACUGUUGCCAGCGCUCUUCCAUUGUUGGCCGUACGGCGAGAUAUUUUGCCAAAUACAGGCUUUGUUACGCGGUGCGCUUUCCCAACAAAGUGCCGUUAUAUUGGUCUGCAUGGCCGUCGAUCGGUACAUGUGUGCAUUGCACCCGCGAAAAUACUAUCAGCACUCCAGCAAAAAGGGCUGUGUUGCCGUGCUGAGCUUAACAUGGAUCAUCAGUUUGACGGUGUUUGGUUUUCUGGUGCUGCCAAAAGGCUAUUACUUCAACAACACCGGCCUCAUGGCCUGCGAACCAUUCUACAGUAAGCCAUCGUAUCGUAUACUGUCCACCUGCGCACUCUACUUCCCCACCACCAUGGUGCUAAUGUACUGUUACGGCUCGAGUUUUCAUUUGAGCCGUUUCCGUUUGAACGAUCCAACCAUGCCACUAACAGCUGCGGUCCAUCAUCCGCAUCUCGGACAUCCGCCGCAUAUGUACCAACAAGCGUUGCAUGCCCAUCACAUGCAGCACGGUGGCAUGGCGGGUGGUGGUAUGAGUCAUCACGGCCUGCCGCCGGGCACCACAACGCUACCGAACACGCCGGUAAUGAAUCUCAGCAUGGCCAUGAGCAUGGGUUUGGGUAUGGGCGGCAUGAGUGGUAUGACUGGUAUGGGCGGCAUGGCUGGUGCUGGGGGCAUGCAUUAUGGAGGCGGCGGCGUUGGUGGUGGUGGUGGUGGUGCUACUGCUUCGCUUAUGAGUGGCGGUAAUGGCGGCGGUGCUACUGGAGGCGCUGGCGCUGGUGCUGGUGCAGGUGGUGGUGGUCCAACGAAUAAUGUGACAAAGAAGAUUGUGCCCAUCCAGGAAAAACACUCUGCCGGCAAUACCUCACGUUCUAUGGCUGCCAUUUCGUUGGGUUUCAUUGUUAUGAUCACACCGUGGACGAUACAGGAGAUUGUCACUGCCUGCACGGGAUCCAAGCUGCCGCCUUUUCUGGAUUUUGUGGUAACUUGGAUUGCCUUGAGCAACAGUUUAUGGAAUCCUUUCAUGUAUUGGCUGCUCAAUUCGGAUUUUCGACGGCUGAGUAAACGCUUGAUGCCAAAUAGGUGCUUCCCCACCGAGGACACGCCCGAACACAAAUCACCCUGUUGUCACAUCAAUUCUGAUUUUGAAAUCACAACGCUGCCACUGCCGCCGGAACCGCCUACCGGACGACCACCAAAGGGUGGCGAUGCUGCUGGCGAUAACAAUGGCAGCGAAGGCGGCAACAGCUCCAGCGGUGGCGGCGGCAGCAGCAGUAGGGGCGGCGGCGGCAGUGGCAUACGCGGUGGCUCAGUGCUGGGCAUUUGCGCGCGAGCACGCACCAACAGUCUCAGUCGCAGCGCAUCGCAGCAGGCGCGCAAGAAUGCCAACAGCGGCGCCGGUGGCUGUAGUAACAGCAGUCACGGACAUCAUGGGCACAGUCAUCACGGCGGUGGCGGCGGUGGUAUGAGUUUCACUAGCGUACGGCCCGACAUUGAAGGGCUCUCCGAAAAGUACUGGGGUGAAAUACUGGAGCGCACUGUAAGCUCGGGCAGUCUGCACGCACUGACGAAAAGCUUUCCGCACGCAGCGCCACAUCACUACUAUGCUGCACACCAUCAGCCGGCGCAUCAGCAAACGUUUCCGCCGCCACCGCACACCGCAACAAUGACAACAUCGUUUAGCAAACACAGCGAACUGAAUCUCAACUUGGCGUUGGCCGAACAGGAACGUCAUGCAGCCGCACUGCACGAUGCGAGCGGUGGUGGUGGUGGUGGCGGCGGCACCGGUGCACUCAACGCCUAUGAGCUCAGCAAAUUUUCCAGUUCAGAGCCAAAACUCUGCGAACAUAUCUAUCAUGAUGCCAACUGUGCCAAAAAUAAAUCAGCGCUGGGCGGCGGCGGCGGCGUCACCAGUGUCAGCGGUGCGGACGAUGUCAAAAUGUCAGCUGGCAGCGCUGCAGUGGCGUCGGCAACCGGACGCAGUAUACCGGAUAUUUAGUACGCGGAGAACGUUAUAUUAGCAAACAAUCAAAUGGCGCGCUUUUGUGCGCGCGGCGUCGUCUGUGCUGGCGCGUC